CCUGUUUUAAAGUCUCUGCCAGACUUCAGCUCAUGCGCUACUUCCUGGAUGGCGGAAUGGAAAGCUUCCAGAGCCGCUCCAACUCAACUCUUGUCUCUGUGUUUUGAGCCUGACGCAUGGACUACAGCCCCUCUAACAUCUCUCUUUAUCCACAGUCCCCCUGACACGUUUCUCUUCUGGACUACAAGCUCAGUCGUCUGAAAGAAAAAAAGGAAAGAGAGAAAAGAAAAAAACUGCUUCCUUUGGUUUAGUCGAAGUUCAAAAAGAAAAAAAAAGCUCUCCAAAAGGACUCGCUGUUGGAGGCAUCCGUCAAAUCGUGUCCGGCGCGCACGCAUCGCUUGUUUGUGGGAGUUUUAUUUAUUUUUUUUGCUCGCCAGGAGGAUAAACUCUGUCAACAGUUGCCUUAUUCCAGAUCUCCAUGUAUACAGUGUGACAUGCGGAGGCUACUGCGACCGCGCUGCUGCUGCUGGUGGAUUCCGCCUCUGCUUUUCUCCUCGCUCGUGCUCCGGUGGGCACACUGUCAUCCCGCAUUGGCUGAGGGGGAGAAAUCGGAGAAUCAUGAUCGGCCUAUCGGUGACAGACACCGGCGAGCGGCUGAAGAGUCCUACUGGGCCUACUCAGGGACAUACGGACCAGAUACAGGCUGGGCGGCAGCUUUUCCUGAGUGCCAGGAGAGAAACCAAUCACCAAUCAAUAUAGCCGACCAAGACACUAAGGUCUCGAUGGAGUACCAGGAACUCACGCUGGACGGGUUUGAUGCGGAGUCGUCCAACAAAACGUCAAUGAAGAAUACAGGCAAAACGGUGGCGAUCUUCCUAAAGGAUGAUUAUUUCGUGAGAGGAGCCGGGCUACCGGGCCGUUUCAAAGCCGAGAAGGUGGAGUUCCACUGGGGCCAGAGCAAUGGUUCCGACGGCUCGGAGCACAGCAUCAAUGGCAGGAGAUUCCCUGUGGAGAUGCAGAUCUUCAUGUAUAACUCGGAUGACUUUGACAGCCUUAACACAGCCAUACGGGAGAAGCGAGUAAUUGCGGCCAUGGCUGUCUUCUUUCAGGUUGGUUUGAAGGACAAUCCUGCAGUAGAUCCCAUAAUUCAUGGUCUAAGAGGAGUGGUGCAUCAUGAGAAAGAGACCUUUCUAGAGCCCUUUGUGCUGAGAGACCUGCUGCCGUCCUCCAUCGGGAGCUACUACCGCUACAUCGGCUCUCUGACCACACCACCCUGCAGUAAAGUGGUGGAGUGGAUCGUCUUCAGUCGGCCUGUGUUCCUCUCAUACAAACAGCUGGAGGCGUUCUACUCCAUCUUCACCACAGAGCAGCAGGAUCAUGUUAAAUCCGUGGAAUACCUGCGUAACAACUUCCGGCCACUCCAGAGUCUGGACAACCGAGAGGUCUUCAAAUCCGCUGUCAAAGACGCGUGGCUGCCUGACUUGACUGACAGCCUGGGGAACCCGUACGGCACGGAGGCUUCUAAAGCAUGCAGCAGUGCCCCCAUCAACAUGAACGUCCAGCACAUGAAUAAGACGGCACUGGUCGUUCGAUGGUCCCGGCCAGAGAUCACCUACGAUCCGCCCAUCAUCAGCUACCUCAUUUCCUACAGCUGGACCAGAAACGAUGAGUCAUACGAGGAGACCUAUGUCAAAGGGAGCGAUCAGAAACUGGAGGCGGUUAUCACGCCGGUGUCGCCGGAUGUUUUGUACCUGUUUCGUGUGCAGGCGGUGUGUUUGAAUGACAAGCGCAGUGACUUCAGUCAGAGUAUGCUCUUCAGAGCCAACACCACAAGAAUAUUUGAGGGAACGAGGAUAGUAAAAACCGGGAUGCCAACAGUUUCUCCAGCGUCUUCGGCAGACAUGGCUCCCAUCAGCUCCGGCUCCUCCACAUGGACCUCCUCCGGUCUUCCCUUCUCCUUUGUUUCGAUGGCCACCGGCAUCGGUCCGUCCUCCAGUGGCAGCCAGGCCACUGUGGCAUCUGUGGUGACCAGCACACUCCUGGCAGGACUGGGCUUCAGCGGAGGCGUCAUUUCCUCCUUCCCCAGCUCUGUGUGGCCCACCAGACCUCCACCCUCCAGCCCUGCCCCAGCCUCCACCCGCCAAAGUCCAGCCAAACCUGUGGUGACCACUGCAGAACAGGCCUCCGACGCAGACGCCACCACGGCCACCGACAACGACAGCAGCUCUGAUGACGGAGGAGAGAAGGGAGGGAAGGGUGAGGAUGAGGACGGAGAAAAGAACGGAGAAGAAGAAGAGGACGAGGAUGAGGAGAAAGGUGGAGAGAGUAAAGACGGCAGAGCUCCUGACGACGUGGAAAAGCAGACCAACAGCUCCGUCACCAAAGAUCCUCCAACAGCAGCACCCGAUUCCACAGCCAAAGAGAAAGGAGGAAGCAGGAGGACGGAAAACAGCACAGCGCCAUCUAGAGUCUCUGAGGAAAACACACAGGGACUGGGGGAAGAGAGCACGCAGGUGAUGGCGAGCAGAGAGCCGGAGGUGGAGGAGCAUGUGACGGGAGUAAUAGAGACUCCAGAAAACACAGAGCAGAGCAGCAAAGACAGCAGAGGAGACCGAAAUCACCUGCCUCCUUUCUCCAUACACACAGAGCGCACCCUCGUCUCCAGCAUGUACCCCGGGCCUGCUGCAGGACGGAUGGAGUGGAUUAUUCCUCUGGUGGUGGUGUCGGCGCUCACUUUCCUCUGCCUCAUUCUGCUGCUGGCCGUCCUGGUUUACUGGAGGAGGUGUUUCCAAACGGCUCAUUUCUACGUGGAGGACAGCAACUCACCCAGAGUCGUUCCCAAUGAGAGCAUUCCAGUAAUCCCCAUCCCAGAUGACAUGGAGGCCAUUCCUGUGAAACAUUUCAUCAAGCAUGUAGCAGAGCUCUACUCCAACAACCAGCAUGGCUUCUCAGAUGAUUUUGAGGAAGUGCAGCGCUGCACAGCUGAUAUGAAGAUUACAGCAGAACACUCCAAUCAUCCAGACAACAAGCACAAAAACAGAUACAUCAACAUCAUAGCCUAUGACCACAGUCGGGUGAAGCUCAGGCCUCUGGCAGGCAAAGACUCCAAACACAGCGACUACAUCAAUGCCAACUAUGUGGAUGGCUACAAUAAACCCAAGGCCUACAUCGCAGCUCAGGGCCCUCUCAAAUCCACGUUCGAGGACUUCUGGCGGAUGGUGUGGGAGCAGAACACUGGCAUUAUAGUCAUGAUCACUAACCUCGUGGAGAAAGGCAGAAGAAAAUGUGACCAGUACUGGCCCACGGAGAACAGUGAGGAGUAUGGGAAUAUUGUGGUGACGCUGAAGAAAACCAAAGUAAUGGCGUGCUACACACUCCGCAUCUUCACUAUCAGAAACACCAAAGUAAAGAAGGGUCAGAAGGGGAACACUAAGGGCCGUCAGAGUGAGAGAACGGUUCUACAGUAUCACUACACCCAGUGGCCGGACAUGGGUGUCCCAGAAUACACUUUACCCGUGCUCACAUUCGUCAGGAAGUCUUCUGCCGCACAGACCCCAGAGAUGGGCCCCAUGCUUGUACACUGCAGUGCCGGCGUGGGCAGAACAGGAACAUACAUUGUGAUUGACAGCAUGUUACAGCAGCUGAAGGAUAAAGGCGCUGUCAAUGUGCUCGGCUUCCUCAAACAUAUACGAACUCAGAGAAACUACCUGGUCCAAACGGAGGAGCAGUAUAUCUUCAUCCACGAUGCCUUGAUGGAAGCCAUUCUUGGGAAGGAAACAGAGGUGCCCUCGAGUCAGCUGCACAGUUACGUCAACAGUAUCCUGACGCCGGGCCCAGGGGGCAAAACACGACUAGAGAAGCAGUUCAAGUUGGUGACUCAGUGCAAUGCAAGAUUUGUCGAGUGUUUCAGUGCUCAGAAAGACUGCAACAAGGAGAAGAACCGCAACUCUUCUGUUGUACCAUCGGAAAGAGCACGUGUUGGUCUCGCACCGCUGCCUGGGAUGAAAGGCACUGAUUACAUCAAUGCAUCUUACAUAAUGGGCUACUACCGCAGCAAUGAGUUCAUCAUUACCCAGCAUCCCCUGCCUCACACCACUAAAGAUUUCUGGAGGAUGAUCUGGGACCACAACGCUCAAAUCAUCGUCAUGUUACCAGACAACCAAGGCCUGGCGGAGGAUGAGUUUGUGUAUUGGCCGAGUCGAGAGGAAGCCAUGAACUGUGAGGCGUUUACAGUCACUCUUAUCAGUAAAGACAGACUCUGUCUCUCCAAUGAGGAACAGAUCAUCAUUCAUGACUUCAUCCUGGAGGCCACACAGGAUGAUUACGUUUUAGAAGUUCGUCAUUUUCAGUGCCCAAAAUGGCCAAACCCCGACGCUCCCAUUAGCAGCACUUUCGAGCUCAUCAAUGUCAUCAAAGAAGAGGCCAUGACCAGAGAUGGACCCACUAUAGUGCAUGAUGAGUUUGGUGCAGUGUCUGCUGGGAUGUUUUGUGCUCUCACCACACUGUCCCAGCAGCUGGAGAGUGAAGGAGCUGCAGGCGUCUAUCAGGUGGCCAAGAUGAUCAACCUCAUGAGACCUGGAGUCUUUACCGACAUUGAACAGUACCAGUACCUUUACAAAGCUAUGCUAAGCCUGAUAAGCACUAAAGAGAACGGAUCCAGCCCCAUGUCCCUGGACAGAAACGGCAGUAUGGCCAUGUCUGACGAAUCAGACCCCGCCGAAAGCUUGGAGUCCCUCGUCUGAAGCCCCCCCGAACAGGCGCGAGAAGAAGAGGCACUUAAUCUAACUUUGUAAAACUUCAAGGACUAAGACAGACUUUUUCUGAGGCCUUUUUUGCCAGAACUCUUGGUUAAAAGAAUAACCUGAUUACUUUUUUACACUGAUAAAAAGUUUUUGAUAUUUAUUUUUUUCGCCAUUUUAUGUCUUAAUGUUAUCCUACUGAACAUUUGCACCGACGUUUUUGAGUUCACAACAAACGAAACAAAACGACACACAGUUCUGUCUAGUUUGCACUAUGAAAAUAUCAGUGUUACUGCCUACUCCACCAUCUGGACCACAGUCGGCUUCCCGCUCACGUGAACUCUCUCUCUCUCUCUCUCUCUCUCUCUCUCUCAGUCACGCUCUUAUGUUGACAUUUCAUAAUAAAGCGGCUCUCCGAAGCUUUAGGAAUAACCGCCACAAACGAAAACGACCUCAGAAGCUGGAAAAAGAGAUUAAUCCCAUGUUCAACCUGCGAAGACCCACCUCCAAACGUCACGUCCGCCAAUUAAAGACCAUAUUUACGAGCAAUAUGGAUUACGUUGGUUUCGAUUUGUAUGUUUGCUUUGAUCAUUUUGCGCACCUGAAAUCAUAUAGCUAUCCAUUACGCUUCUAGUUAAACCCAUAUUUACUUUCUCAAAAGGUGGUAUUAAAACAGCUACUGUGAACUUUUGUAUGAUUCAUAUUCUGCUUUUAAUAUAUAUGACUAUAUCGUAUAUCAUGAUAACGUGUGCUUUUGUAAAUGUUAACUGUCAUUCGGAGCUCCAUCGACGGAUCCGCAGAGCUCAUGUCUUCUCUAGCGCCCCCUGCUGGUUUGAUUUCUCCAUCGCUUUAUGCUGCAAAGCUGCUACUUGUGUCACUUGAGUGCAACUGAACAGGUGAUGACCUUCCCUGUCAACUCAUAAUGUAGGAGUUAGCUAUUCGCCCUCUUCAUUUUGUAAUUUUAUACUGCUCUACGUUUGAUUUCUUUUAUUUGUUUUUAAUAGUUCUGACAUAAACCGUCCCAUACUCUGAGAAUAAUGUAUACAAGUCUCUCGAUGCCUUCUGUACAGUCUCAUCUCCUCUCAGCCCGCGCGUGUGUGUGUAUGUGUGUGCGUGUUGUGUUUGGUAUUGAAACAAGUAGACUAAGUCUAAGCAUUUCUUCACUGACCGACUAACUUCUGUCGCUAUCAUUCAUUUCAGAUACAGCUAGGAAAAACAGUUACUGUAAUAUCGCAAACGGUUCUCUACAUGCCAUACAGCACAAAGGCCUUGCUAACGGAACAUUAGAGUCAUGUUUAUAACAAAAAAAACAUUAAUUUUUACCAAAGACUACAACCGUCAUUUUCUUCAGUCAUAAAACGUCAUAAAGUCGUCUUAUUAUUAUUACUAUAAGCGUUGUUAUUGGUUAAAGAAGUUUUCAGAAGAAUGUGUUGGUAGUGUCUGGAAAACAGGUUUGAAAAUGAUCCCACAAUGUUUGUUUCGUUUUAUGUUUAGCUUUUUUGUUUCGCUUUGUUUUUCUUAUUCGGUUUGUUCAAAUUUCUCCACUAAAAGAUGU